UGCUGCUUCAUGAUCCUGUCAUUGCCCGCGACUCAGACCGAUCGCUCAUAUGUGGAGCCGCAGCGUUUCUGAAUUAUCCACAAAUUAACAGCAGUGGAAACUACAUUACACACUAACAGGUGUGGCCAACCAGUGAACCCAUUUAAAAGCCCAAAGGCCUCUCUAUGGUUCCUAGUCACUCUCUGAUGAUGGGGAACGGUUCGAUCAAAGCCCCUCGGCUAGAGGAGACCUGCCUGGCCUCCGGUAUAAAAGAGACCCAUGUAUGGGAGUCUGUGGAGCCCCUGAAGAUCAGGAUCGCCCAUCUAGAGGGGGAGCUGGCACGGAGGGACCAGGAGCUCCGUGCGCAGGAGAAGCGCUUGCAGAGCCUUCAAAGGGAACUAGAGGCGAAAGUGUCCCAGAUCGAUAAGCUCCAGGAUGCUAUCGGGUAUAACAACCUCGGACGUUCGCCACCGGCCACGCUGAGGCACAGUCGCAGACUGCUGAGCGUCAUCAACCAGGGCUCCACGCGCUUCCACAGAGUGGCUGUGGAGGUGCAUCGACGCCUUAAGGCCAAGGAAGGCGUUUCAGCCGAACCCACAUCGAGGCACUUCUGUCAUGACCACAGGGUCCAUCACAUCUCCACAGAGAGACGGAUCCGCAAAGACUCCGGCACUAAGAAACUGAUCAAUGAAGCCAUCAUGAACAAUGACUUUCUAAAGAAGCUGGAGCCUCAGCACACUCGAGAGAUGGUGGACUGCAUGUACGAAAAAAUCUACGCUGCUGAGCAGCUGGUUAUUCAGGAGGGAGAGCCAGGGAACUACCUCUAUGUGCUUGCUGAGGGUUUAUUAGAGGUCAUUCAAAACGGAAAGCUCCUGGGUCAGAUGCGUCCUGGGACAGCCUUUGGAGAGUUGGCCAUUCUCUAUAACUGUAAAAGAACAGCCACAGUCAAAGCUGUGACUCAGUCUCACAUCUGGGCUCUGGACCGGCAGACGUUUCAGACGAUCAUGAUGAGAUCCACUCAGGCCAGACAUGAGGAGUACUUCAGCUUCCUGCGCAGUGUAUCGUUAUUGAAAGAUUUGCCAGAGGAGAAACUUGCCAAAAUCAUUGACUGUCUUGAAGUUGAGUAUUUUGACAAAGGAGAGUACAUUAUUCGUGAGGGUGAGGAAGGAAACACUUUCUUCAUCAUAGCUAAAGGAGAGGUGUUAGUAACACAGACUACAGAAGGCUUUUCCGAACCACAGGAGAUUAAGACUCUUGGUGUGGGUGAUUACUUUGGAGAAAAGGCUCUCAUAAGUGAGGAUGUCCGCUCAGCUAAUAUCAUUGCAAAGGAAAAUGACACACAGUGCUUGGUGGUGGAUAGAGAUAACUUUAAUCAGAUGGUGGGAACCUACGAGGAGCUGCAGGCCUAUUUGAGGGAGUAUGUGGAGCAGCUCUCUUUGAGUGACGAAAGGAGGAACGCAAUGCCUCAGUCACCUCUUUAUGAACGCUCUCCAGAGGCAGCAGAGCUCAGGAGGCUGAAGGAGAAGGCAGCUGGUUUGUCCAGUAACUCCUUCCUUAAAGAACUGCAAGUAGUGGCCACACUAGGCAUGGGAGGCUUUGGACGAGUGGAACUGGUCAAGCUUAAAAAUUCAGAAGAUACAGCGUUUGCUUUAAAGUGUAUUAAGAAAAAGCACAUCGUGGACACCAGGCAGCAGGAGCACAUCUAUUCAGAAAAGGACAUCCUUCAACAGACCAAUUCAAACUUUAUUGUCAGGUUGUUCCGCACAUUCCGGGAUGAUAAGUAUGUUUACAUGCUGCUGGAGGUUUGCCUGGGUGGAGAGCUGUGGAGCGUGUUGAGGGACAUGAGUUGCUUUGAUGAGCCCACUGCCCGCUUCUGUACUGGAUGUGUGCUGGAAGCUUUUGAUUACCUGCACGGCAAAGGCAUCGUGUAUCGAGACCUGAAGCCAGAGAAUCUUCUUCUGGAUGGGGACGGCUAUGUCAAAAUGACUGAUUUUGGCUUUGCCAAAAAGAUCGGACUAGGUAAGAAGACUUGGACGUUCUGUGGCACUCCUGAGUAUGUGGCUCCUGAGGUCAUCAUGAAUAAGGGUCAUGACUUUGGUGCUGACUGCUGGUCCUUGGGCAUCCUGAUCUUUGAGCUCCUGAUUGGCAGCCCUCCAUUCACAGGCUCUGAUCCGAUCAGGAUCUACACCAUGGUUCUUCACGGGAUAGAGAAAGUGGACUUUCCCAAGAGGAUCAGCAAGCGUCCAGAGGAUCUCAUACGGAGACUUUGCAAACUCAAUCCAGCAGAACGGCUUGGGAAUAAAAAGAAUGGCAUCAUUGACAUCAAGAAACACAAGUGGUUUCAAGGCUUUAACUGGGAAGGAUUGAGACGGCGGAAGCUGACGUCUCCUCUGAGGAGAGAGCUGAAAGGGCCUUUGGAUCACAGUCAUUUCGACAUGUUUCCGCCUGAGCUUGAAGAACCUCCGGAUGAAUUCUCUGGCUGGGAUAAAGACUUCUGAAUAUGAGCUGUUUCUAAGAAGAAGCUGUUUUCUCAAAGAAGAUCUGAUGUAAAGUGAUAAUGGACACUGGUGUCUGGAGGAGAUGUCUCAGUAUUACCUCAGUGUGCUUUCUGAAGCAUUGUGCAACUGACUGACUUGUUCAGAUGGACAGGAAUAAGGUUUAAAAGCCACCGCUUUAAGUUAAAGAAGACAAAGUGAAAGGUUAUUUCAGUGAUAUUUCAUUGUAAGUGGAUCAAUA